AUGAAUGAACUAAAUCCUCCAUAUGUGUCAAGCAUUACGUUUAUUAAUAGCAAUGGUGUGAUAAUCACUACUGAAAUCAAAAAGGCGAACAAAAGGAUACAAGGAAAUUUCAUUAAUGACAAUGAAGGUAAUUAUGUUUUUUGUGAAAAAGAUAUAGAUCACAUUAAAAAUGUUGUUCUUACAUUAAAACCAUUUCAUAAAGAAUAUGAAAGUAACAUACUUUUUCGAAUAAAAAAAAAAGAAGAUAAAUAUAGAUGCGAGUGGGUUUUAUUACUUAAAACCCUUAAAGAAGAUUUAAUAAAACAAAAAAUCGAUACAUUCAUUGACAUAGAUCGUAAAAAUAACUAUGAAAAACAGGUACUGGAUCAAGUCUAUGUACGUGAUCCUGAACCUAUUAGCGAUAAAGAGGAAGUAGAAGAAAAAACUUUCGAUUGUUGUGAUAUAAAAGACAUUGUGUUGAAAUAUGUUUACUGUAUUACAUAUUUCGAUAAUUACAUUAUUAAUUUAAGAAAUGAAAUAGGAAUCAUAUAUAAUUCUGAUAAUGAUAAUUUUUUAAAUCAAUUGAUAAAAAUAAAUAACGAUUUUACAAAAAAGAAUAACAAAAGAAAAGAUGAUUCCUUACAUACGAAUGUUAAUAUACAUCAUGAUAAAAAAUUUAUAAAUCAUCAUGAUGUAAACGAAAAUGGGAAUAAAUUAAACCUCUACAACUAUACAUUUAAAUCUAGUCAAAACAAACAUAUGGAAUUGGCUCAUUCAACGCAAACUUCCAAUCAUGCAAGGAGCACGAGUGGAAGUGGCCCAAGUGGUGGAAAUGGCUGCAAUAAAAUAAACAAUUGCAGCAGGGACAAUUAUGAAAAUUACGAAAGUUAUGAAAAUUACGAAAGUUAUGAAAAUUAUGAAAGUUGCGAAAAUUACGAAAGUUACGAAAAUUACGAAAAUUAUGAUAAUUACGAAAAUUAUGAUAAUUAUGAAAAUUAUAAUAAUUACGAAAAUUAUGACAAUUUUGACAAUUUCGAUAGUGUUAAUAGCUGUAAUAAUCUAAUUAACACAAAUGUAAAAAGUAAUAUUUGUGAUGGCUUGAGCAACCUCACAAUCCAUAAUCGCUCUAAUGACACAUCCGUUGUAGAUAUGGCAAGAGCCAACUGCGACAACUCAGAUAAUGAAUUAAAUGAAAAAUUGUGUAGUAAAAGCAACACAGAAAAAUGUAGUUUAAUCAAAUCAGCAAGUGAGCAUUCCAACGAAAACUGGAAUGUGAGCACAUAUACAGAGGAGAGCGUACCCUCUAUUGCAAAUUCUAGCUUGAAUUCAAGCGCAAGAACUGACAUGAAUGCAGAUAUAAAUACAGAUAUAAAUACAGAUAUAAAUGCAGAUAUAAAUUUAGAUAUAAAUGCAGAUAUAAAUGCAGAUAUAAAUGCAGAUAUGAAUGCAGAUAUGAAUGCAGAUAUGAAUGCAGAUAUAAAUGCAGAUAUGAAUGCAGAUAUUAAUGCAGAUAUUAAUGCAGAUAUUAAUGCAGAUAUGAAUGCAGAUAUAAAUGCAGAUAUAAAUGCAGAUAUAAAUGCAGAUAUAAAUACGAAUUACGACUAUGAGAAUUAUCUUGCGACACCCGAACCGUUCAAAAAAGAUAAUGAUCACAGAGCACAAGACCAUGAAAAGACUUUAAAAAAUGAUAAUAAGGAGGAGUUAGAGGAGGAAGGGGAAAAAGAGAAGCACUUGUGUUUUUUAAAAAAAUUCUUUUACAGUAAAUUUGGUUUUGAAAAAAGUAAUAAGCAAAAGGAUAAAAAUAAAAAUGUAAAUUCACGUAAUUUAUCAGUGAAGAAUGAAAAUAAUAAUUAUUCUUUGAAAAAAGUAGAAGAUGAAAUUAGAGACUAUGCAGGGGCCAAUUCUUUUGUACAUGGUGAAAAAAAAGAAACCAUAAAUAUGAAUCCCCAUGAGAAGGAUAGAAAUUACAAAGGAGAUAAAACAUCCCAAAGGUUGGAAGAUGAAGGAGAUGACGAAGAUGAAAAUAAUAAUAUUAUUAUUAAUAGAGAUCAGAACAAUAAUAGCAGUAGUAGCAGCAGUAGUAGCAGCAGUAGUAGCAGCAGUAGAAGCCAUAGCAGUAAUAGCAUUAAGAACAGAAAUAGCCAAUGUAACAGUAAUAAUGAUGAUGAUAAUAAUAAUAAUAAUAAUAAUAGAAUAAAUAACAGCAAUAUCAGUAGUGACAACAAAAGCCAUAGCAAUAACAGGGAUAACAAUAAAGAAAAGGGUGCCAUUUUUAACAAAGGGAAAAGAGAUGAUGAAACUACUGCCAUAAAUGUACAAAAUGGUGCAGAAGGAAAUUUUUACGUAUUAAAAGAAAAAAAAAAGAAAACAAAUAAUAAUACAUUUACUAACGUGGAAGAUAUAAGGACAGAAUUAGUAAAUUUCCUAAAAGAAAAUGAGAUAAACGAAAAAACGAAUGGAGGGAAAACAAAUAAAAAUGAUAACUUAAGAGAAAGGUAUUAUCUACAAAGAUCUAGCAAUGAAAAUUGUGUUCAUAAUGAAAAUAUUAAUAUGUUGGAUAAAAUUUCAUCCGAUAAAUUGUUAAAUAUUCUUAAUAAAAAAAAUUGUAGUUCUGUGAAGUACGAUUUUUUUCAUCAGGAAAAUAUGCAUUCAAGCAUCCCAUCAUUGGUUAAUUUUCAAAAAUUUUCAGAUGGAUCCGUAGGUACGAACAAAAAAUGGAACAAGGGAAGCAAUAGUGGAAACAGCAAUGGAAGGACCCUCGAUAGGAGAAGAAGUAGGAACGACAAGGGCAUAGGAGGAAGUAUCAACAAUAACAACGAUAUUAUGCAUCGUGAAAUUUGUCGAACACAGGAUGGAACCGAUCCAAUAGUGAAUAGUGAGGAUGAUGCAGAUGUAAAGUUAAUUAAAUUAAUUAUGCAGAAACAGAUGAAAAAUAAAUGCACGAGAGGAGAGGGUGAAGAUACCAUAAAGCACUGUAAAAAUAUGUUAAGUGAACAUAUAUCAGGAAAUGGAAAUAAAAGGAAAGUUUUUUUCGAAAAAGGAUAUAAGGAAGAAGAGGAAAAGGACAAUUUAUAUAUGAAUGAUGAACUUGUGAAAGAUACAACAAGAAGUGAUGACAAAUGCUAUAAUCACGAUCACCAUCCGCAACAUCUUCACUAUCCUCACCAUCAAUUUGGCGAAAUUGUGGAAAUGAAAAAAAAGGGAUUCGCAAACACAACAGUCAGCACAAAUGAUAAAAUAAAAGAUAGUUUCUUCAAUGUAAAGGAUUAUAUAAAUAAUAAUAGUAGUAAAGGCAUGAGUAGCACAAUUAUUAACAGCAAAAUGAGCAAUGAUAUUAACGCCCUUGUCAGCCAUAAUGGCGAUGGAAAUUUUAAUAAGUCAAAGGAUGAUUUCCGAAUAAGGAAAAGGAGAGACUACUAUAAUAGUGAGCAAAAUGAUUUUAUCCAUUAUAACAUAAUAAAACAAAAAAAAGAAUUCACUGAAAAUAAGGAUGAAAAAAGAUCUAAGGAUUUUCCGUAUGAAAAUUCCACAACCGAAAUUUUGAAAUUUAUGUUACAACUUAUCGAAAAUUGCAGGUCCACAAAGGCAGAUAUGAACGAGUUCACGAAUAGUAGCAGUGUGAGCAAUGACAACAAUGACAGGAAUGAUUGUUACGUGAAUAACGAUUAUAAUGAUACUCUAAAUAAUCUUUUAACAACCCUUAUUAAAAAUAUAUCCCCCAUGGAAAUGAAUAAUUUAGUAAUAAAUAAGGAGGAUGCUUUUUCAAAAAUAUCAAAUUCAUCGAAAAUUGCAAAAGAUAGAAAAACAAACGUCAAAUGUGAUAAUGAACAGUCCUACAUAAAUGUUAAUAAAAAGGAAAUUCCUUGGAGUUUUAGCCCUCUCUGCAAUAACACUGAUACCACUGAUAAUGGUAACAAUAAUGGUAACAAUAAUGGUAACAAUAAUGGUAACAAUAAUGGUAACAAUAAUGGUAACAAUAAUGGUAACAAUAAUAGUAACAACAAUAGUAACAAUAAUGGUAACAAUAAUAGUAACAAUAAUGGUAGCAAUAAUAGUAACAACAAUAGUAACAAUAAUGGUAACAAUAAUAGUAACAAUAAUGGUAGCAAUAAUAGCAGCAAUAAUAGCAGCAAUAAUAGCAGCAUGCUAAACACACUCAACAAAAGCAAUAUAAUAAAUAAUGAUUACGAGUCAGAUUUCUGCAAUAAUAUCAAUAUGGAAAAUGCAAGUUUAAACAAUAUAUGUAAACAGGAGAUUGAUCAUAAAUUUUUAAACAAUUCUGUCAGAAAUGAAAUAGAACUUGAGAAUGAACAUUGCAGUGGCAUUGUAAAUAUAAUGAAUUUCAUAAGAGACACGAUGAAAAAUAAUUUUGGUGACAUAGAAUGUGUUAACGAUUUUUUACAACAAAGCAGUAGUAGCAGUAAUAGCAGUAGUAGUAAUAUUAGUAACAAAGCAAAGGUAGAAGAAGAUAACUCAAAAAGAUAUGUACCACCAUCAGGGUCAGCUUGCAUCGCUGAAUCCUUUAACCCUUUACAUGGUUAUGAUGGCAGUGAGAUGAAAGAAGUAUUGUUGAAGGGCAAAACUCAGAGCAAUUCUGUUGAAAUAAAAAGGAUUGACGAUAUCGUAAGUGUCAGUGAUGUUAAAAAUAACAGCAGUAGUGAUUUUGAAAAGAACAGCAAUAGUGACGUUAAUGAAAAUAACGCACACAGUAAUAUAGUUGACAGUACGAUCAAUGAUAGCAGCAGAAACAGAAAUAAUAGUAGUAAUAAUAAUAGUAAUAAUUACAUCACUUGUGGGAGAUAUCCCAAUGUGUGCGAAGAAUUGUGCAGCAAAAAUUGUAACAACUUAUGCUGUAACAGCAUUGACAGCAAGGAUAGUUGUAAUAUUCCCCAGGAAUACAAUGUUAGUAAUAGUUGCGAAGCACAUAAUAACACAAAACAAACUUUUAAUAUAUCCGACGAAAAUAUGGAUUUACUGUAUAAUUAUUAUUUACAAGCUUGUAAAAGUUGCAUGGAAAACACAAAAAAGAACACUCAUAAUGAUAAAAAUGAUGGAAUCGCGAGAGUAGAUACUGAAAAUGGAGAACACAGAAAUCGUGAGAAGCACAUGAAUAUCACAAGCUGUAACAACAAAGGUUUUAUAUAUAGGGAAAGUAAAAAAGUGUUAAGUAGUAGGUGUAGUAAUAGCAUUCAUUGUGAUAACAACAAUCACAAUAAGAAAGGAAUAAAAAAUACAAUCGAUAAUACAAAAGAAAAUAUGAAUUACAGCGUCCAAAAUGUGUGUAACAAUGUUAAUGCAAAUAAUAGUGUCUGUGAUAAUAACAAUUUUGAUAUGAACCUUAGUGAUAAUUAUAAAAACCAGAAAAAUGUAACAGAUCAAGUGAACAGUUUUUUUCACAAUUGUCUCUUUAAUUUAAAAAAUAUGAACGAUAUAGCUGUAUGCGACAGUUCAACGAAUCCAGAAAACGAUGAAAACAUCAUUGAUAACAGUAGUAGCAAUAAUGGUAGCCAUCAUAGUAGCAACUACAGCAACAGUAGCAGCAACAAUAAAACACAUGGUGAAAUUGAUGGACGUAUAAAAAGUAACCCGAAGAUUAAUAACAACUUGAAAAAGAGUAAUGAAAAUUUGAACGAAAUUUCCAAUAUAAAUGAUAAACACUAUCUGAAUCAAAAUAAUUACAAGGGUGAAGAGAACAAUUUAAUUAGACCUGGAGAUUUACAAAAUAUUCAGUCUAGCAAUUUCCUAAAGGAUAUAAGAAUGAAAGAAACGUUUGAUAACACGAAAAAAGUAGUUAGAACUGAUGAGUCAAGUGGCCUCAUGCACACGGGCAAUGGAAAAAUCAUUUUGAACGAGGUUAACGAUGUAGACCAUUUUAACGAUUUAAACAGUUUGGACUAUACGAUGGAUACAGAAAAAAUGGACAUAUAUCAUAACUUUGAUAGUGAUUUUAGUGCACUUAUGAACAAUUAUGAAAAUAAUGAAAACCCCCUCCAUUACCAGAAAAGUAUUAUGAAAAUUGUGGAACACUUUAGCACACAAAAAAAAUCCAAUAUUCAUUCCUUUCAAACAUCCAUGGGUGCUGGUAGUGGUUGUAAUACCGCUGAUAAACACUCGGAUGAACAUAUUUUGAAGACUAUUUUGAUAAAUAUGAUAAAAGAUUUUUCAAAUUCGAAAAAUGAAAACUGCUUGACUAGGAAUACAUUCACAUCGAAAAAUAGCAAAGGGGAGAAAGGAAGCAACAGGAAUAAUACGAAUGCCCAACAUAAGGGAUAUAAUAACCAGCACAAGAGUCAUGAUGAUUGUGACAGACACCAUUGUCACAACGAACAUAAAGGAGAUAUGGAUCAUAACAAUCAUGAGGGUUAUAUUGACCAUAUGGAUUAUAUCGAUAAUAACGGAUACAACAUACAUAAUGGACAUAACAUGCAUAGCAGCUGCAGCAGCCAUCUUAGCAAUGAAAACAAUGAAAGUAGUAACCGUUGUAGUAACAUUUGCAGUAACGAUUGUAGCAACAUUUGCGGUAACGAGUGCAGUAAUUUAUUUUUGUCCAGUUGUGAAAGCAGAAAACGAAAUGAAUCUAGUCUCCCCCCAAAAAAAAGUGCAAGCAAAAAUAAUAGAAAUGCAAGCAAAAAUAAUAGAAAUGCAAGCAAAAAUAAUAGAAGUGCAAGCAAAAAUAAUAGAAGUGCAAGCCAAAAUAACAGAAGAGCAAGCCAAAAUAACAGAAGUGCAAGCCAAAAUAACAGAAGUGCAAGCCAAAAUAACAGAAGUGCAAGCCAAAAUAACAGAAGUGCAAGCCAAAAUAAUAGCAGUGCUAAUACUGCAUAUAACAAUUUUCAAAACAACAUGAGCAGCAAUAUUAAUUUUCAAACAAGUGUAGAUGCAUUUAAUAAUAUAUAUAAUAAUCUAGUUAUCAGAAAUAACAUAAAUAACUCAAACAAUUAUUAUAGUAAUUAUUGCCAAAAUAAUAUUAUUAACAUAAAUAAUUGCGGGGGGAAUAACUAUUUUUAUAAUAAUUCAAGGGAUAAUAAAAGCGAUAAUAACAUGCUGAAAGAAGGUAAUGAAAUGUUAGAUGCAAUAAAUAUACAAGAAGGAAUGAUGUGUAAUUCGAACAAUAAUAUGGACUUCACUGCACCUAGUAACAUAAUCAGAAGAAUACAGAAGAAGAAUGUUAGUGCGUUCCACAUGUCUGAGUAUAAGGAUUCUUUAUCAGACGAUCCCUCAUUGCUUUAUCAAAAUAAAAGCUAUGAUUCUGAUAAGUCUAAUGGUAAUGAUGAAAAAGAUGUCAUUUUCAGCAAUGCCAGCACGGAUGAGACAAAUGUCGAAAAGCAAAAUAAUGAUAACAUUAUUAGCGACGAUCGCUUCAGUGCUGAACAUCCAAGUGUAGACAUGUCAAAUGAUAGCAAAAUAAAUAUUAAUGAAGAUAAUGAUGAUGAUACCAAUAUAGAUGAAACGAAUAUUGACGAACCAAAUAUUUACGAGCCAAAUAUUUACGAUCCAAAUAUUGACGAGUCAAAUAUUUACGAUCCAAAUAUUGACGAUCCAAAUAUUGACGAUCCAAAUAUUGACGAUCCAAAUAUUGACGAUCCAAAUAUUGACGAUCCAAAUAUUGACGAUGCUAAUAGUUAUGAAGAAAAUAUAUUUGAAACUAAUAUUGUUUCAUCAAAUAUUAGUGAUAUCAACAUUGAUAUAGUCAAUACAUUUAAUGGAAAUGAAUGCAGUGCCAAAUUGUAUGACAGAGAUAUCUACGGUGAUAACUCAUAUACUGGUAAUACUUAUUCUAAUGAAAAUUUAUACCUCGUUGAUAACAAUAAUGAAGAUACAAAUAACUAUGAAGCCAAUAAUGAUGACACGAAGUAUGAUGAGAAUAAUAACAUUACUACGAACGAUAUUCUUGAGGAGGAAGAAGAAGAAGAAGAAGAAACAUUACUUGUACAAGGAGAAAAUAUGCUAUUGCAGAAUGUCAAAGAAAUUGAAAUGGGUAAAAACGAAAUAAUCUCGAAUAUGAAUACAGAGAAGCAAGAAUUUCAUAAAACAAAAGGUAUAGGAAACGACAAUUGGAAAAAUGAAAAUAUCAGAGAUGAGGAGAACAACAAAAUUGCAGAUUCGAUGCUGAGCAGUUUUUAUUAUGGGGACAUCAGUAUGUGCAGCAACAUGAGCGGCAACAAAUUUGACAAUCAGCGUGAAAACAAUAACACGGCUGUAUUGGUUGAAGAUGAUCUUGACCCCAAUAAGAGCUCACACAUAGAAAUGAAGAAGAAAGAAAUUUUUGAUGAGUUUCAAAUGAAAAAUAAAAAAAAAUAUUCCUUCAUUUUUAAUUCAUGCAUCGAAGAUUAUUCACCCAUUUCAGACGUAUCAAAUUAUGCAUUUAGCUCAUCCAUUUUGAACGACAAGUAUAGGAAUAAGAAUUGCAUAUUAGAUAAAUUAUGUUCAGGAUUGAAAGAUGAAGAAGCUACAAAAUUAAGGGAGACACGUUUAGGGGAAAUUAAAUACAGCUGUUUUAACAACUCCGCGGAAAAUAGUUUUUUCCGAGAGGAUGAGAAAAAUUGCAAAUUUCUCGUUGAUCUAAAAAAUUUAAAUGAGAGCUAUCUUAAGGACCUACUACACCAAAAGAUGUGGUAUAGGACUGCAAUGAAAAGCGAUGAAGAGGAAGAAGGGAGAGAAAAACAGGAAGAAGAAGAGGAAGAAGAAGAGGAAGAGGAAGAAGAAGAAGAGGAAGAAGAAGAAGAAGAAGAGGAAGAAGAGGAAGAAGAAGAAGAAGAAGAAGAAGAAGAAGAGGAAGAAGAAGAAGAGCAAUCACAUCAGCCCCAUCAAUUACAGCAACAUGACAAAAGCAAAAUCGAAAGUAGUAACAUGCACUCAACGAAACGAAAACUUAAAGAAUAUAUAGAUCAUGAUUUGCAUUAUGAUAGCAUGAAUUUAAAUACAAAUCUCGAAGUGAAUAUAAAAAAUAAUAUAUAUAACCAUUUUUCUUCAUAUAGUUCUCUGAACAUCAAUUUUUUCUGCUUAUUUGAUGAUAUGUACGACAAUUUUUUUAGAGAAAAUUUUGAGGAUAGGGAAAAAAUGCUAAAAAUUUUAAAUCUUAAUAAAGAUCUUUGCUACAACCAAUUGUUAAUGUUUUAUAAAAAAAAAAUUUUUUUCAAGUGUAAAAAUGAAAAUAAUUCUAACCUACCCGUGUGUCCGUACCCUUUUUUCAAUCAUCUUCCAACAAUAGUAAACACAAAAGGUAGCAAUAGGAGUAACAACAGCGACAGUAAUAAUCAUUAUGAAAACAAUGCUAUGAUACACUAUCCAAGUGAUUUUAUGAAUAACGUGUUAAUAAACAAGGAGAGACACUAUUCCCACGAGAGUAAACAGCUCGAUUACACAACUUCCAUGUACAGAUGCAUUAGUACUGAAGUUGGAAGUGGGGGCAUUUGUGAAGGAGAAAGAGACAAUAACAUUAAUAGUACCAAUAAUAGUAGCAAUAAUAGUAGCAAUAAUAGUAGCAAUAGUAGUAACAAUAAUAAUAGCAAUAAUAGUAGCAAUAAUAGUAGCAAUAAUAGUAGCAAUAAUAGUAGCAAUAAUAGUAGUAAUAAUAAUAGCAGAGAUCAAAGUGAUGUGAUAUAUAAUAGUAUUGAGGAGCACAGUGUGAACGAGAAAAAAACUUGUGUAGAUUUUCCUCUUCAAAUUAAAGAAGAAAUGUCAUGCUUUAAAAAGGUUAUAAAUGAGCUAAAAGAUUUUCAGAAUAUUAUAAAUAACAAAUCCCAAUUGAAGAGUAACAAUUGCAUGGACUGUAUAAAGGAUGAAAGUAUUAAUGAAACUGAUGACAUGACUGACAUCCCAAAUAAUGAGGAAAUUGAUACAGAUGAAAAAAAAGGAAGAAAUAGUGUAUCUUUGGAUAUUGCAAAUACUACGGAAGGUGAUUACAGAGAUAUGUUACAAAAAGAACAGAAAAAUUUGAAUACAAGUAUUAGAAAUGAAGAAUUUUCCACUGAUACAAUGAUGAUGAAUAAGCAACGAUUGUUUCAAGCUGAAAUAAAUGCCCCAAGUGGAGAACAAAUCAGUAAAAAUGAACUUGAUAUUGAAUUUGAUAAAGUAAACAAAGUUACUUCCAUAAAUAAAGUAAUUAAGCCAAAAGAGGAGAAAAUGAAAACUGAAACAAAGGAAGAAAUAACUGAAACUAAAAAGAGUUCGGACACAUAUGCUGGGUAUGUGAGUGACAAUUCGUUUGAUAGCGACUUUGCACAUGAGCAGGUGGAAUCAGUCCUUGAACCUGUACUAAGGACAAGCUAUAAUUGUGAUGACAACAGUGGUAAUGGUAGGAGAGAUAGUAACGGUAGCAACGACAAUAACGACGGUGGUGACCAAUGUGUAGGAAGUUCUCAUAAGAGUCAGGAUGAGACAUCCCCCAGUAGUAAUGCAUUUAUGGAAUUCGAAAUAAACAUUGAUUGUUCAGAGGAGGAGAAUGAUGCAAUGUUUAAAUUCAUCUAUCACAAAAUUAACUGUAUAAGAAAUAACAUGUGGAUGCAAAGUAUUGAUGAACUGCAGAAUAAGGAAAUUAAAGAAACACUUCUAAAAGUUCGUGAAAAAAAUUGUAGCCGAAAAGGAAGUGAUAUUUAUAAUGAUAAGGAAUUAAGUAAAAAUGAAAUUGAGCAAGAAGGAGGAGUAGAAGGAAGGGGAAUGUUACACUUACGCACACAAGAGGAAAUGGAACAAAUAGAAAACGAUAAUAAUAUCCCAAAUGAUAUAUAUUAUUUUAAUAUAUACACCAAUUUGUGGGAAAAUGUAGACCUAAAUGUUAGUCAUAAAUUACUGGAAACUUUAAAGUUAAAAAAGAAAAGAAUAAAUAGAUAUUAUAAGAAUAAUUACUAUAAAAAUAUGAAUUUUAUAACAUUUACUGAAUGGAAUUUGUACAAUUUAAUCAUAUCGAAAAUAUAUAAAAGUUUCGAUUUAAAAAAAUAUGAAGACUACCAAUUGAAGAUUUAUAAUAUGGACAAAUUCCAAUAUGAAUUGAAAAAAAGAAGUACCUAUAAUUUUGGAAUUAAAAUUAUUGGAGAUUCGAAUGGCACAAGAAGAACGGUCUCACAUAAUAAUAAUGGAAAAGAGAAUGGAUCUAAAGUAAAAAAUAAGCAAAAUAAUACUAAAAGUAGAAGAGCAUCCAAAAAGUCAGAAGAAUAUUCUGAUUUUAACAAUGAUGAUGAUUAUUAUAUGGAAGAAGAAGAAGAAGAAGAAGAAGAAGGUGAUGGUGAAUAUGAACUCCAUGGCUUAGAAGAUGAUGUGAAAGAAGAAGUUGAUGAGGAAAUUCUACCACAUGACGAAGAUGAGGUAGAAGAACAGAACGAUUGCACUGAAUUAGAGGAACAAGGAAACGAUUCGAAAGACUUUCUGCUUAUCAGUGAGAGGGGAGGUGGAGGUAUAGGAAGUUCACGAGAAAUAAGACGAGAAAAGGGAUCAAGGAGUAGUGGAAAGGACACAAUGAUUAUAAAAGAUACAAACAAUUUAAACCAUGAGGAUACUGAAAAUAAUACAGCUAGUACAACAAAAAAUCUGAGAAGCAAUAUUACCAAGAAUUAUAGCAGUGGUAGUAGGACAUUUUGUAAAAGUAAAAAUAAGAAUGUAAAUAGACUAUGUGUUAGUGACAAAGAUUAUCAAAUGUAUAAUAAUUGUGCAGAUCAGAAAGGUAUAAAAGAAGCGAGGGAAGACAACAUUACUAUUGAUCCCUGUGAAGAAGAUCCAUGGAACAAGAGAAUAAAGAAUGCAUUCAAUUCUAGUGAGGUAAAGCAACACGUUGCUGAUAAAGUAAAUGACAAUAGAAUGAGCACAGGUAUGUCCCUGAGAAGGAAAAAGAGAAAUAGCACAUUAAGCGGAAAUUCUACGGAAAAUGGUAUAAUUACAACGAAUAAAAGGAAAAUCAAGAAAUUAAAAGUAAGUGCAAAGGUAGAUAGGUAUAAUGAAAAAAAAAUAACUGAGCCCAAUUCGAGGCAUAUGAACAUUUGCAGUGAUGGAGGAGGAGAUACUGAUGGUAUUAAUAACAUGAACAGUAUUUACAUUCAUAGAAAUUCUUCGGGAAACAAAGGAAGUAACACUGGUUAUAGCAAAUUAAAGAGAGUGCAAAUUUUUAAAAAAAGAUUGAGUCAAAAAAGAAAUUUAAACCCAUUUAUGGAUAAAAAACAAAACGUAUACCAUUUAAUACAAUUACCAGAUUAUGUAAGUCAUAAGGAGCUAAUAAAAAGCAAAAACGAUUGUCUCCCCACGUAUAUAUUGCAAUAUGAACAAUUAAAAAAGAAUGAAUGUAUUUAUUUUAAUAUUCAGAAUCAUUACAAUAAUUUUAUUAACAAUGUAUAUCAUUUUGCUAUUAGUUAUGAACAGUCAUUAAAACAUAAUGAAUAUUUGAACAAUACUCUAAAUAACGUAAAGGCAAGAUUAUAUAUUAAAAGAUUAUACCUUAAAAAAAACGUGACGCUAAAGGAUAAUAUAUUUGAUGUGUGUAACACUUAUUUUAACGAUUUAUAUACUUACGAUACACUCAGUAAUACAUAUGUUAUUUAUAAAACUAAGAAAUUGAGAAUGAAUAAAUUGGAAAAAACCAUAAACAAUCAGGAUUAUUACAGUAUGUAUGUAAAUGACUAUAUAGAAAGCGAGUUAUUGAACAAACGUAAAAGGGGGAAAAAAAAUUACACGUCCAAUUUGCUAUGUAAGGAUGAUAGCAACAAGCUGGCAAAUGCCGAUGGAAACGAUCCCAUGCUGAAGCAAUUAACCAAUAUGCAUGAGAUAGAAAAUACGUAUGAACAGAAAAAUGUUUAUGAAGACGCAACAUCUUGUGAGCAAGACAACGCAUUCGAAAUGGUCAAUAAUUACGCGAAUUCACAUGACAAUGUGAGAGAAAUACAGCAUCAGAACGAAGUUGUAGGGAACCAAGACAUGGACAUUGGAAGAAAUAAUAACACAGAUAGUGUGCACUGUACACAUAGCACAUUUAAUAUUCAGUACAUCCAAGAAAAUAAUGAGAAUAACAAAAAUGGUGAUACGGGGAAUGGAGGUCGCGAUCAUGUUGAUCAUGGGGUGAACAAGAACGACAACAGGAGAAGAAACGCUUACGGUGAGGAUAACCUGAUUCAGAAAGAUCAUGAAUUAUGCAACCAAUUGGACUGCUUAAACUAUUUUGUUGAUAAUGUAGAAGACGAUUAUGAAUGCAAUGGUGGUACUUGCAAAAAUGUUAUGUCCUUUAGUGACAGAACCAUCGAAGAAGAGUUAGGAGAUAUGGAACAAGAUCAUUUGGAGGAAAAAAACAUGUUUAAAGUGAAACAAAACGGGUCGAUUGCACCUGACAUAUUAAGCACAUACACGAAUCAUUUCGAUGAUGGAAAUGAUAAAAGCCAUUUUAAUAAAACCAAUGAAACUUUUUUCAAUUAUCAUAACCAAAGUAAUAAUAGAACUUUUUUUCAGGAAUCAGAUAAUGGAAAAAGUAAAAAUUAUAACAAUAAAAACAAAGAGUUUUAUUUUAAUGGCAACAUAAACCACGAUGAUAUAAUACAGUAUAUUGAUAUACAGUAG